CUCAAAGUAUUACCAUUUAUCUUUCAAACAAACUGAGUACUCUGAUGUGUCCUCAGGUCCAACUCUCCACAAUUCCUCCUGAACCUGUCAUCCCCUCUAAGAAGCCCUUCAAAGUGGAGCUGGUUGGUGGAAAGCGUUACGCGUGGUGCACUUGCGGACACAGCAAAAAACAGCCUUUCUGCGAUGGAGCCCACAAAACCAAAGCCAAAGGCCUGUCCCCGCUACGCUUUGUCCCAGAGAAAGACGCCACAGUUUGGUUGUGUGGUUGUAAGUACACAAACAACCCACCAUACUGCGACGGCACACACAAGCAGGACUUCAUUGUAUCUGCCCCGCUGCACGACCCGGCCGACCCUUGAUAAGGAAGGUAGUCUCUGAAGUGAGCAUUAAUGCUGCUAUUGAGUUCACUUCUCUGUAAAUCAGUGCACUCAAGAAAGCAGCACAAACUGAUCAAUCAUGACAAUUGUU